AUGGCUAGUUCCUUGGAUUCGCCCAAAUUUAAAAGGCGGAAGCGUCCGCAAGGCGAAUCUGGGUGGUCUGACGAAAGUGAAUCGGAGCAGGAGCUGGUCACGGAGGACAGACACAUUGAGUCCAGUGGCUCGGAUAAUGUGCCCCAGAUCCCAAAGACUGUUCCACAUCAAGAUGAAGAAAUCCAGGAAUUUCAAUCUGAGGAAAAUGUUGCACAUCUCAGGAAACUUGCAAGACAGCGAUAUUUGUCUCAGCGAGAGCAAAAACAGGUCCUGUUACUGGAGAAAGUUGUUGCUGAUUAUGAAAAAGACAUCGAGGAAGUAGGCUGGGAAGGUUUGACAAAAAAAGAGCAGAAAGAAAUUACUCUCCAGCGGGAGCUUUUGCAAAUGUUUCGCGAUCGUGAGCAGCUUGGUCAAGAGACUGGAUAUCAGUUACCAUCAGAUUAUGUGACUGAGAGCGGCAAAAUUGAUAGGAAGCGAAAGGAAGAAGCCUUACAUGCAUCCUUCAAGGAUGAUGGAAAUCGCGAUUUGGAUUGGGAAUCGGAGCAGGUAGCUAAGGCACGAAAGCUGGUGGCAACCUCGCGCAUGUCUGAAGAUCAGUUUGAGUUUGUCUUCGAUAAGUCACAGAUGGUCAACUUCGUUGUGGAUAAGGAGCUCGAAGAUGAACUGGAGAAAAUCAAGCAAAAAGAAGCAUUUGAGAAGCAGAUCAAAGACGAGGAAGCCAAAAUCAAAAGUAUAGAUGAAGUUCGCAAAUCUCUGCCCGUGUAUGAGUACAGAGAUUCUCUUCUCAAAGCCAUUGAAGAGUAUCCAGUUCUGAUCAUUGUGGGUGAAACAGGCUCAGGUAAGACCACACAACUGCCUCAAUUCUUGUUCGAGGCAGGUUAUACGAGUGAUGGGAAAAAGGUUGGCUGUACUCAGCCAAGAAGAGUUGCAGCCAUGUCGGUUGCAGCUCGUGUGGCAGAAGAAGUUGGGUGUCGACUCGGUGAUAAAGUUGGAUACACUAUCCGUUUUGAGGACAAAACCUCCGAGAAAACGGUUAUCAAGUAUAUGACUGAUGGUAUGUUGCUAAGAGAAUUUCUUACAGAUCCAGAACUUUCAGGUUAUUCGGCCAUGAUGAUUGAUGAGGCUCACGAAAGAACUCUAUCGACCGAUAUUCUCUUUGGACUCUUGAAAGACAUUUCGAAGUAUAGACCCGACUUCAAACUUUUGAUCUCAUCGGCUACCAUGAACGCAAGAAAGUUUAGUGAUUUCUUUGGCGGUGCUCCAAUAUUCGACAUUCCAGGAAGACGAUUUCCUGUUGAUAUUCACUACACUGCCCAGCCGGAAGCAAACUAUCUUCAUGCGGCAAUUACAACUGUGUUUCAGAUACACACAACCCAGGGUGAAGGAGACAUUCUGGUGUUCCUGACAGGUCAGGAUGAAAUUGAAACCAUGGCCGAAAAUUUGACGGAGACAUGUCGGAAGCUGGGGUCUCGUGUAAUGGAAAUGAUUGUUUGUCCUAUAUAUGCUAACCUUCCCUCAGAGCUGCAACAGAAGAUUUUCGAGCCUACCCCUCCGAAGGCUCGGAAAGUCGUUUUGGCGACAAAUAUCGCGGAGACCUCUAUCACCAUUGAUGGAAUCUCUUUUGUCAUUGAUCCUGGGUUCGUGAAAGAAAAUGUGUUCAAUCCAACAACCGGAAUGGAGAGCCUGGUGGUCACUCCGUGCUCAAGGGCAUCGGCUGAUCAAAGAGCAGGAAGAGCAGGAAGAGUGGGGCCUGGCAAAUGCUUCAGACUAUAUACAAAAUGGGCUUAUACCAAUGAGCUGCCGCCAAACCCUACACCUGAGAUUUUGCGCACUAAUCUUGCUAGUGUCGUGCUUCUGUUGUUCUCUCUGGGUAUCACAGAUCUCAUUCAUUUUGAGUUCAUGGAUCCUCCCUCGUCUGAUACGUUAAUCAAAGCCAUAGAGUUGCUUUAUGCUUUGGGUGGGCUUAAUGAUAAGGGUGAAUUGACAAAGAUCGGUCGCCAAAUGGCUGAGUUUCCAACAGAUCCGAUGCUUGCAAAAGUCUUACUGUCCAGCGUGAAGUUUAAGUGUCUAAAAGAGGUUUUGUCGAUUGUAUCGAUGCUGGGUGAGUCCGGGUCUCUAUUCUACAGACCGAAAGAUAAGAAAGUAUACGCUGAUAAGGCCCACGAGUCCUUCGCUAAUCCUGCUGGAGAUCAUCUGACACUGCUCGAGAUAUGGAAUCAGUGGGUAGAGACUGAGUACUCCUAUCAGUGGUGUCGAGACAACUUCCUGCAAAGCAAGACACUUAAUCGGGUCAGAAACAUUAGAGACCAAUUGGAGCGACUUUGCAACAAAGUUGAGACCUUUGUGGACUCUGAUGCUCACUCGGAUACAGCGAUUGAUCCAUUUGUUCUUCAGACGAAUAUCAGAAAGGCAAUCACCUCUGGAUAUUUCCCCAAUGCAGCAAGACUGUCAAAAACAGGAGACAACUUCCGUUCUAUCAAGAAGAACCAAACGAUUUUCGUACAUCCUUCUUCAGUCAUAUUCUCCCAAAAGCCUCCUCCAAAGCUUGUUCUGUACCAUGAACUUGUUUUGACAAGUAAAGAAUAUAUGAGGAAUUGUCUGGUGAUCGAAGAAGCAUGGCUGAAAGAGCUUGCACCUCAUUUCUUCAGAGGUGAUGAAUUGGAGCAAGAUCAAAGGAAAAGAAUGCCCAUACGUAAGUAG